AUGGUUAAUAAUCGUUCGGUGAGUGAGAAAUAAAGUUGGGAUUUAAUUUGAUUUUAUUGUGAGUGAAAUUUGUAGCGUGAGGUAAUAUCAAUCCAUGUGGGUCAAGCUGGAGUUCAAAUGGGAAAUGCUUGUUGGGAGUUGUAUUGUUUGGAACAUGGGAUUCAACCAGAUGGAAUGAUGUCCGAAGACGACAGUUUAGGUAAAAAAAGUAUUUUUCGACCUUCAAGUAUGUAAUUCCAAAAUACACAUCAGAACUGAAACUGAAACUUUUGUUGAAUCUUGAUAAAAUCUAAUCUGAAAACUUGAAAAGUGUAAAAAUCGUCUCGUGUUCGUCUAUUUUAAAAUAUAGAUUUUUUUCAAAUUCUUAUCGUCAUAAUUAAUCUUCAUCCAUCAAAAAUAUCGUUACCAUGGUUUUGGAUUAUGAGGUACAUCCGAUUCGAAUUUGUACUCAUUAGAUAAAAAACAUCCUUCUCUACCCAGCUAUACGACUACAAAUAUAUAUUUUUUCAGGUGUUGAAGAUGAUUCGUUCAACACAUUUUUCUCCGAGACAAUGGCCGGAAAACAUGUGCCACGUGCAAUUAUGGUCGAUUUAGAGCCGACACCAAUAGGUACACCACACUCUUCAUCUUUUUUUCCAAACAAUUAAAUGCAGACUAACAGGAUACGGAUCAUUUUACAUUUUAUUUACAGAUGAAAUACGCACCGGAACAUACAAAACUCUUUUCCAUCCUGAGCAAUUGCUAACUGGCAAAGAAGACGCCGCAAAUAAUUAUGCUCGUGGACACUAUACAAUUGGUAAAGAAAUUAUUGAUGUUGUUAUGGAUCGAGUUCGAAGACUUGUUGAAAAUUGUCGGGGACUUCAAGGUUUUCUUGUUUUUCAUUCAUUUGGUGGGGGAACUGGAAGUGGAUUUACUGCAUUGCUCAUGGAAAGAUUGUCUGUUGAUUAUGGGAAAAAGAGUAAACUUGAGUUCUGUGUUUAUCCAGCUCCACAGGUUUCAACAUCAAUGGUUGAACCAUAUAAUUCAAUUUUAACAACACAUACAACAUUGGAACAUUCUGAUUGUUCAUUUAUGGUGGACAAUGAAGCAAUCUAUGAUAUCUGUCGUCGAAAUCUUGAUCUUGCUCGUCCAACUUAUACAAAUCUCAAUCGAUUGAUUGCACAAGUUAUCAGCUCUGUAACAGCAUCUUUAAGAUUUGAUGGAGCUCUGAAUGUUGAUCUUACUGAAUUUCAAACGAAUUUAGUUCCAUAUCCAAGAAUUCACUUCCCACUCACUACUUAUGCACCAAUCAUUAGUGCUGAAAAAGCGUAUCACGAACAGAUGACAGUUUCUGAAAUCACCCAACAAUGUUUUGAACCAGGGGCACAAAUGGUGAAAUGUGAUCCAAGGCGUGGAAAAUAUAUGGUGAGUUGGUUGUGCUGAUAAUUAAGAAAAAAAACAUAUAGAAAAGUUCUCACGGACAACAAAAAAAUGAAGAGGAGUCGUGGGUGGGUUCUAUGAAAUAAAAAUUUCCAGGCUUGCUGUCUUCUUUUCCGUGGAGAUGUUGUUCCAAAAGAUGUUAAUGCUGCAAUUGCUUCUGUCAAAACCAAGAGAUCAAUUCAAUUCGUAGAUUGGUGUCCAACCGGGUUCAAGGUAAUUAACUUUGGGUUUUGUUAAACCGAUAGCUAGGGAUAACUUUUUUUCAAUUUUCAAAAAUCUUCCACUAAUUAAUCUUCGUUAUUUAGAUAAAAUGUUGAUCUUUAUCCAAAAUACUCAUUUACAGGUCGGAAUAAAUUACCAACCACCAACUGUUGUACCUGGCGCAGAUUUGGCAAAACUUCAACGAGCUGUUUGUAUGUUAUCUAACACCACAGCCAUUGCUGAAGCUUGGGCUAGACUUGAUCAUAAAUUUGAUUUGAUGUAUGCUAAACGAGCAUUUGUUCAUUGGUAAGACUUUUCAUUUUCUGAGCACAUUUUAAAAUUGAAUUUUUCAUUUUUCUAGGUAUGUCGGAGAAGGAAUGGAAGAAGGAGAGUUUAGUGAAGCACGUGAAGAUUUGGCAGCAUUGGAAAAAGAUUAUGAAGAAGUUGGAGUUGAUGCUGGAGGUUGUCCAGCUGAUGAUGAUGAUCAUUAUAGUAAUUAUUAG